CGAAAAUACAAGGUGCUUCCUUGGCUCCCCUUUCUGCUGCGCUUCGCAGGCCUUUCGCUUGCUCGCGAAGACGCGAACGAUGGAGGAAGAAGCAGAGCAAGAAAAAGAAGCUCUCCGCCUUAAAGCCAUCGCUGAAUCCAAAUACAAGAGUUCCAACCUCAGCUCUGCUUUGAAACAUGCCAAGCGAGCCCAACGCCUUGUUCCUGACCUCGAUGGUAUUUCCGAAAUGGUCACUUCCUUAGACAUCCUCAGUGUGGCCUCCAAAUCGUCCACUCCAGACUGGUACGAGAUACUCCAGGUCGAGCCCUUUGCUCACUCCAACGUCAUUCGGAAGCAGUACAAGAAGCUAGCUUUGAUUCUUCACCCGGACAAGAAUCCCCAUGCGGCUUCCGAGGAGGCGUUCAAGCUCGUUAAUGAGGCGUUCCGAUUUCUUUCUGAUAAAAUUCGGAGGAAGGAAUACGAUAUGAAGCUGAGGAUUCGGAUUCAGAAUGAGGCGACGAAGGGUUCAAAGCAGCAGUUGGAGACCUUCUGGACAGCGUGCUGCACUUGUCGGCUUCUGCAUCAGUUUGAGAGGAAGUAUGUGGGUCAUAAUUUGGUGUGCCCUAGUUGUAAAAAGAGUUUCAAGGCUGUGGAGGUUGAGAAUGGUAAGGAGUCUGAGGAGGAGGAGGAGGAGGAGGAGGAGGAGAUGAGGGUUAGGAAUAGAAGUAGGAAGUUGAGAGUUGCGAGCUUGAGGAAGAAAGUUGGUACUGUUGGCAAAUCACCGACCGUGAAGGGGAAAGCGAGCGGCGAAGAGGUUGAACCUGUGACCAAUAAGAGUGGAAGACUAAGGGACAAAGUUGGAGGCGUUGAAGCGAGACAUGGGGAAUUAGAGAGUGAAGGAGCUGUUGGUGAAUGGAGGGGGGGAAGACUGAGAAGUGGAGGCUUGAAGAGGAGAAUGAGCACUGUGGGGGAUGUGCUGGAAAGGUCCAAAACAAAGAAAAUUAUAACUCGCGAGGAAACGAUGACAUUAGCGGAAAUGCAGUCUGAAAUCAAGAAAAAGGCUCAGCAAAAGAGGAAGAUGACAUUUAAGCUAAGGGAAAAGGAGGGGGAUAGAACAGAGAAGAGGAAAGAGCAGGAGGAAUUACGGAAGGCUUUAAAAAGUUCCAGGGGUUCGGUGGCUGUCAAACCAAAAAGUUUGAAGAGCGGGAAGCUAGCAGCUGAGGAGAAGCAAGCAUCUCCUGCUAAAAGUAAAGAACUGAAAAUCGAGAAGCACAACAACUCUAUCGGAGGAGACAUGGAAAAUAUGGCAGUAGAGGAUUCAGAUUUUUAUGAUUUUGAUAAAGACAGAGUAGAGAGAAGCUUUAAGAAGGGCCAGGUGUGGGCUGUAUAUGAUGACGACGAUGGAAUGCCGAGGAAUUAUGCUUUGAUUGAUGAAGUUGUAUCUGUAAAUCCUUUUGAAGUAAGAAUAAGUUGGCUAGAUCUACAAAACAGUGGGGAUGAAAAGAUAACUAGUUGGGAGAAAAGAGGGUUUCGUGUAUCUUGUGGGAGAUUUAAAGUUGCCAGGAAGACUUCCAUAAAUUCUGUAAAUAUCUUUUCCCAUGUUGUAGACUGUGAACAAGCAGCUCGUGAAGCUUACAUAAUUUAUCCAAAGAAGGGGUCUGUGUGGGCACUUUAUAAUGAGACAGUUCCUGGUAUAGAGGGAAGAAGUGUUGCAGUUCCGAGCAAGAGGUGCUAUGAUAUUGUUGUAUUUUUGACGAGUUAUAAUGAGAUAACUGGAUUAAGCAUGGCAUAUCUGGGGAAAGUCACAGGUUACAAGACGAUAUUUAAGAGACAAGAAAUGGGGAGUCAUGCUAUUACAUAUCUUGAAAGAGAUGAUUUCUGGUCAGUGUCACAUCAAAUACCUGCACGGAAGCUUUCUGGCACUGAGACUCCUGAACUUUUGAGAGACUCUUGGGAACUUGAUCCUGCUUCACUUCCUUCAGAUUUACUUGGGCUUAAUGGGACUAUCAAUCUUUGACAGAUUGCUGAGCUUUGGACUUGCAAGCUAUUGGGAGGCAUAAUUUUUGUUUGAAAGCCUGACUGAUUUGUAUAGCUUUACUUGAUUGGUUGUGCAGGUUCAGGACAUAUUCACCAUUUUUUUUUUUUUUUUGGUUCUGCUUAACUCACAGUGCACAGUUCAAAAUUUUCCUGUUCAUAAUCUUGUUAAUGUGCUUAAAACAAUGGUAUUCUCAUCGAGCUGGUGGGUUUUUGGAUGUAUGGACGUACUCAUACUUUUGGUGGAAUUCAUCAUAUGACACAUCUGACAGAUAGCAAAGUUUAUAGAUCUUUGAUGCGGAGAACCUUUAAAAGGUGGUCUAGGAGCAUGUGCAGGUUUUUCUGUUUUGGAAUUUGAUGUCUUACAAUCAUGGUUGAUGGGACUCUGUCACAGCUGUUUACUUGAGACCUUGAGGAAGGAAUGCCCUUAAUUCUUUUCCCAUGUUUUACUAAUUGAGUUAACCGGGUGAAUUUGCCACUCCUAUGGCAAGGUGUUAAUGGUUUUGUGCUCAGAUUAUGCUCUAGCGCCCACUUCAGAAGGGUGAAUUUACUCAGAAGUUGUUCCUUGUGAAGUUUUUGAAUAUAUAACUCAAUUGCUAUGUAAACCUCAACUUAAAGGUGGCAGUGUCUUGAUGCUUGCUUUAUAUGGAGUCAAAUCCGAUUUUGAUGGCUAGACUUGAUGAAAUGUAUUAAUUUGGUGCAUGAAAGGAUAUCCUUCUUGAAAUA